CACGGAGAGAUCAGAGGACAAGCUGCAUGAGAAAGCCCGGGGCCGCCUGGCGCCCAGCUAGAGCUGCGGGGCGGGGCCGGGCCGCCGCGUCCCCGCCCCCCAGCCUCUCUCUCCCGGGCGCGGCUGGGGGCCUCCCCUAUAAGGAGGCUGAGGGCGGCUCCACCGUCGGAGGACAGGCCAGGGAGGGAUGCGCUCUGUGGAGCGGUCAGGUCAGCCCCGCUCGCCCCUGGCCGCGGACAUGGCCCUCUACUGCGGGGACAACUUUAGCGUGUACCCGCAGGCGGCCGCAGCCGCCGCCGCCGCUGCAGCCAGCGCCGCGCAGUCCCCUAGGGCCCCCUACGCCCUGCCUGACUACGCGCCCCCACCGCCGCCGCCUCCGGCCGCCGCCAACCCCUACCUGUGGCUGAACGGGGCGGCGGGCGUCGGAGGAUCCGCAGCAGCUGCCGCAGCCGCCGCAGCCGCCGCCUACCUGAGCCCCGGGCCGCCGGCGCCCCCGCCGCCAGCGCCACAGCCACCCACCUCGGGGGGCUCCGGGGGCCCUUUUCUGCAACCGCCUACGCCGCCCGGCGGGCCCUUCGGUUGCCCAGGUGGGCCGCGGCCCUUUGCCCCCGCCGCCGCCCCGCCACCCCCUUCUGGCCCUGGGCCUGGCCCGGGCUCCCCGUCGGGGGCCGCGGCCGAGCUGGGCUGGCUGUCGCUGGCCAGCCAGGAGGACCUGCUCAAGAUCAUGCGGCCGCCCUAUUCGUACUCGGCGCUCAUCGCCAUGGCCAUCCAGAACGCGCCAGAGCGCAAGCUGACGCUCAGCCACAUCUACCAGUUCGUGGCCGAGAGCUUCCCCUUCUACAAGCGCAGCAAGGCGGGCUGGCAGAACUCCAUCCGCCACAACCUCUCCCUUAACGACUGCUUUAAGAAGGUCCCGCGGGACGAGGACGACCCCGGGAAAGGCAAUUAUUGGACUCUCGAUCCAAACUGUGAGAAGAUGUUUGACAACGGGAAUUUUAGACGCAAGAGGAAGCGUCGCACUGAGCCCAGCAGCGGCAGCACGGCGACAGCGACAGCAGCAGCAGCCGCCGGAGGGAUCCCAAAGCUUGAAGAAGGCGUAGGAAAGCCUGGAGCAGGAGACAGUCCCCCCUCCCUCUUGGGCCCCUCCCCCUCCACUCCCGAACCCCCGGAGGAGCCCAAGAGCGGAGCCUCUCCUCCCAGCGGCCCUUUGCUGUCCUCCACCCCCUGCCUCAAGUCCUUCUUCGGCGGCCUCAGCAGCGCGGCCAGGAGCCACCAACCGAGACACCUGGGGCUCCCUGGCGUUCCAUCAGAGCUGGCCUCGCGCGGCCUCCAGGGGGCGCCGCGGAGCGCGGCCGCCGGCUUCCCCGCGGGCUCCCUGUCAGAGCCCCAGCCGGACGCCUUGCCCCUGGGCAGCGGUGGGGGCGGGGGCGGCGGGGGCAGCAGCAGCAUCGGCAGCCCUCGGCCCUCCUCCUAUUACACCCCCUUCCCCACCAGCGGUGGCCAGGGCGGCCACUUCAACAAUCCGUUCUACAACAGCUUCAGCGUUAACAGCCUCAUUUAUCCCCGAGAAGGCUCCGAGGUCUGAGCCCUCCCAGCCGCGGGAGGGAGACAGGGGCUGGAGGAGGCAGGUGGGUGGGUGGGGGGCGGGGAGGGGACGCCGAGGGGGUGGGAGGAAAGGCUUUAAGCUCGUGCCAUUAGAGCUGGGUAGUCCCACUGGCCGCUCCCUCUUCCCUUCUCCGUGCUGCCCAUUAGUGACUGCCGAGUGUCCAGGGCUGAAAAUCAGGGGGAAAUCCAGCCUCCCAACCCGGUGUGGAUGCUGCCCACUACCGGGGCUGCGGGUGAUAUGAAUUCUUUGUGGACCACCUCGUGCCCGAGGUCAAUGAAGACGAGAAGACUUUGGGGUUUUGUACAGUUUUGUUUCUUUGAAAAUAUUGCCCGAAAAUGAAUACCAAAGAGGCCAGCUGUUCUCAGGCUUCCUUUCCUCCUUUUACACAAUGGAUUUGUCUGAGCUUUUGUAAAUGCUGUUUCUAUAUGCGAUUUUAUAUUUGUAAAUUAAUAAAAGUUGUUCUAAUUUAUCAUUCGAA